AUGAAGCUGCAUAUCCUGCGCCAGAAAGCUGCCAAGCUCAACAAGGCGAAGAAGAAAGCUCCGAAAACGAAAGAAUGCCUCCCAAUUGCCCAAGAAGAGCCCCAACAUGCACAAGUUUCCGAAGAACAGACCGGUCUCAGCCAGUGCCCAGAGGCCGACAGCCCAGAGGUUCAAAUAAGCUGGCUCAGUCUCUCGACAUGGAACAAGAACCACAUUCGCAACAUGCGGGAAAGCCGCCUGCUUCAACUUCCGGAGGAGAUUCUCAUCAACAUCAUGCGCAAGGCGCCACCUCACGAGUUGUACAUACUCCGCCAGACUUGCUUCACCUUUUUCCGGCUAUCCCAGGACGUGGCGUUCCAGGCCGUUCAAGUUGUGCGAGAGAUUCAGGGGCGAGAAGUGGUCUGCUUCAAUCUGGAUUACCAAACCUCAGGGGCUAUCUAUCGCUGGCUCCCGAUGCUGCGGGGGCUUGUGACGCGUUUGAAUCUGUGCGACGACUGCUACACGAUGAAGGCCAAGAACCCCAACUUGACCGUGUUCCAAGAGAGCUACCGUUAUGGGCGCCGCCUGGCCCAUCUUGAGCGUGGAACAUGCGACUACACGGAUUGCUUUUAA